UUCAACUGCCAUCUACCAGCCAAACACCACGAGUCGAGGCCUUCUGCUCCUGGUAACCUGUAUCUACAUAAAGUGAUUAUCCUACGUACUUCAUUAUGAAGAUCAUCAUACUUUUGAGCCUGUUAGGCGGUGUGAUUGGACAACUCUACCCAAGCUUUAGUCCCGAGGACAGUGAACGAGAUUUUCACAAAUAUGACUUUAACAACGAUGGCGAUUGGACACUAGAUGAAUUGUUGGUGGCAUUUGACAGCUUUGACAUUAAUGGAGAUCUAUUUCUGACACUGGAUGAGGUAGUCCGUUCUCUACCGUCUGGAUAUCCCCAAAGAGAAGUCCAAGGAAUGUUCAAGUACUACGACAAGCUGGACGGCACGAACGAUGACAGGAUUGCUCGGAUAGGUGUCAACCACUUCUUUAACAUUUUGGACACUGAUGGCAACGGGGUGGUUUCAUUUGCUGAAUAUAAACGGAACAUACCAAUGGUUUGGAACCGCAUUAUACAAGAGGUUGAGGCCGCAAUGGUGGGGUGAUCAAGAAGCUUAAACAUAAAAGAAAA